CAGCGAGUUGUUCAGCAGUAGUAGAUGAUUCCAAUUAUUGACAUCUAAAACUUUUUUUUCUAAAUACUUCAAUUAACAAUUAAACACCAGAUCACUCAAGCCGGUAUUGAUUACGAAAAUCUCAAAAUCAAUUAAAUCACCUUAAAGUGCAAAUAAAUCAAAUUGAAAAGAUGCGUGAUUUUUCAUGUUUUUGUUUAAAUAUUUUGGGAAGUUUUCCAAUACAAGAAAAGUUAGGACGAAUCAACUUGAAAACAAAUGACCUGCCAACCAAAGGCGAUGAUUACGAAUUCUUUUUAUCGGCUUUGGGUCCAUUUGAGAGAGAAUCUGUUAGACUAUCAACACAACAUGAUCAGCUGAUGAUUCGCCAAAGAGUGAUGGAGUGGACUAUUUAUCGGUGUUUAAAUUGUGAUUCUUAUGUAUAUGCUACUUCUCAACAAGGCAAUCUUGGAACGGUAUUGAUCAAUGGAAAUCUUGAAAGGGAUGAAGGUGAAUUGACAAGAAUGAUGCAAAGUGACAAGUAUUCGAUGCCAUUUAAAAUUAUUUUAAAGCCAAUGGAAUCAGUAGUGCCUGCAUUUUCAUCUGGCAUAAACGAUGACGUUCGCAUUAAAAACUUCUUUGGAAAAUUACAAGAAUAUAUUUCAGAAGAUACUUUGAAAACAGAAGCGGAGAUUCGUCGUUUGACUAUGGAAAUGAAUCAACGUCGUGAUCAAGCAGAAAAAGAUUUUAAAACAAUUGCUGCACUAAUUGAAGCUUCCCAUUUUACUGAAGCACCUAAGUCGACAAUAAACAUUGGGUCAUUGACACCUCCUGUAACUCCUGAAAGUAUCAGUGAUAAAAUGAUGGCAAUUGAUGAUCAAUUGCCUCAUAAAACGAUUAAAUUUAGUGACAAAAUAAAUCGACACGAUGGCUCUUCUAAACAUGGAAAUUUGCUGAGACAACAGCAAACAACUAGAACGAUUGAUUUUGACGAAGACAUUUUUGAAUUUGAUGGAAUACGUAGCAAUGGUAUGAAUGGUAUUCAUAAUCCUCAUAAGUAUUCUGACAACGACGAUGGUUCAGACAGUGAUGGCACUGAGAUACGUGCCUAUAAUCGUGGUCGCUCUGGUAGCAUCAAUAUCGCGCGUUCUGCACCUAUAACAAUGCCUCAAUUUAAUCAUGCUGCUCAUCCAUUGGAUGAAGCUAAAGCAACAAAUGAUCAAAUGGAUAUCGCAUCAUCAAUUAAAAUGCUCGCAAGAAGCAUUCAUAACGAUUCUAAACUUUUUGGUGACUUACCAAAUCGUUCUGUUUUACGCUUCAAUGAUAAUUUUUGAAUGAUUAUUAAUUAGCAGCUUGUUUAAAACUACUUUAACAAGGACAUUAACAUUUUUAUACAUAUGCUGACAAAAUCAUUUUCUCUUUUUCAAUGAAUAAACACGAUGUUCUCAGUUAUAACAAAA